CAUCAACCUCCAGGGCUAGAUCUACUCCACCCAGCACACUAAACCCCACAUUCGUCAUUAUUAAUGCCUGGUCCACAUAUUCGCGUUUCUGAUGUCGGACGACGGACGGUGGAAGGUUCAGGAUCAUGUUGUUUGGAUAUAAAGAUGCUUGAGAGCCCCGCCUCGUUUUGGGGGGGUAUAUUCACCUACUUGACUUGGCAUACAUUACUUGACGACACAUUAUACCAUUUUCAUAUUUACGCUAUACUUUUGCAUUUUGAAGAGGAAGAAGACAAGAAAGAGCUAUCAAAAUGAAGGAAGCCCAAGUAGCAAAAGACCUUUCGGUCACCAUCAAGGAUGUCGCCGUCCCCGAGCCACAGGCCAACCAGGUCGUCAUCAAAGUCGUCUAUUCGGGCAGUAACCCCAAAGACUGGAAGAUUCCCGCCUACGACAUGAAACCCAACUUCAACACCGGCGACGACAUCGCCGGCUACGUCCACAGCGUUGGUGCCAAUGUCUACGAGUUCGCGCCUGGAGACCGCGUCGCUUCUUUCCACGAGAUGAUGACACCAGGUGGUUCUUUCGCCGAGUACGCAGUAGGCUGGGCCCACACCACCUUCCACAUCCCAUCUUCCGUGUCCUUCGAGCAAGCAGCUACACUACCGCUCGCUGCCAUGACAGCAGCCAUCGGAUUGCACCAACGUAUGGGUUUGCCUGACCCAUGGACACCGGCGCAGGAACCUACGCCGCUUGUUGUGUAUGGUGGUGCGAGUGCGGUGGGUGCUUAUGCUAUUAAGUUGGCGCAGCGCGCAAACAUCCACCCCAUCAUCGCUGUUGCUGGUAGAGGAGAGAAGUUCGUCGAGGGACUUAUCGACCGCUCAAAGGGUGACACGAUUGUUGAUUACCGAAAGGGCGAUGACGCGGUCGUCAAGGGCAUCAAGGACGCGCUCAAGGGGCAAAAAUUGCAUUAUGCGUAUGAUGCCGUCUCCGAGCACAAUUCCUACACGAAUAUUGUGCAGGUGUUAGAGCCCACGGGGAAGAUCACGCUGGUUCUACCAGGUAAGACGUAUGAAGGUAUUCCCGAGACUGUGCAGCAGAGUCAGACGAUGGUAGGCUCGGCGCACAAGGAGGAUGCGGAUUACGCGUUCAUCAUGUUCCGGUACAUGGCGAGGGGAUUGGCGGAAGGCUGGUUCAAGCCGCAUCCCCACGAAGUUAUUCCUGGCGGUCUGCAGGGAGUAGAGACUGGUAUGAAGAAUUUGAGGGAUGGCAAGGCGAGUGGAGUCAAGUAUGUGUUCAAGAUUGGAGACGAGAAGGAGAAGUUGUAAGGAUGGUAAUCUAGUAGCGGUGCAAUGGACUCCGGGAGAUGGUGGAUGUCAUCAUUCAUCUGACACAGUCGAGCACAAAAGACGAUCGUGAAACGUUGAAAUGAUGCUAGAAACAGGAAAACUACGCAAUACUCGAGACACGCAUACAAGUACAUCCCAAUGCAAUCGCAAUUCAAUACGCCCCGGCAACUGCCAUAGGCAGGGAGAUUACCCA